AUGGAAUACGAGGAUUUCAGACGACCGUUCCGCUUCAUAGUCACGGGCCAUUUUAUUGCCAUCCAUUACAAAGGCAGCGACUUUGAGCUACACCGCGACCGCCACAGUCGCGGAACUUUAUUCCAUCUGUCUGAUGACGACGAACAGAUAAUCUACAAUCGCACCUAUAUCGGCAACCUCACUAGUCACUCGGACUAUCCAGAUGACGUGUUCUACAUACAAAAUAAACUACAGUACCUUUCCUCGCUGGGGAAAUGGACAGACAGCAUUGACAAUGCACUCAAGGUGCAGAUUGACCCGGAGCCAGACUGGGGCGAGACCCCUCCAACCAUCUCACCGCUCACCAGCCCAGUCAUCAGCGCCGACAACCCCAUCUCCGCCGAUGGAAUCGAUCUCUACCAGCCGGACCAACACUUCCUCAUGUACCCCAUCGGGGGCCUGUGGAUGGGCAAUGCUGAACACUCACCCGAGGACAAGCUUGUCUUCCGUGGAAAUCCAUACAGCGAUGGAUUGACCUUCGAGCUCUCCGUGCAUGAUGGGAAAACACGGAUCGUCUCCGACGACGGCAUGUUUCUGACUAUUGUAAUGCCUGCCGAGUAUGCUGAGUAUCUGGCUGAAGGAUGUCGACAGCAUACUGCGUCCACUCGGUGCCCGCGCUGCGAGCGGCACUACACUAUUGGCUUUGUCUCUGAGCCGCGCGACUGCAUCACUCUCGUCCCGCGCGGACUGCCCAGCAUGUUUGUUUUUUAUGAUGGUGUUUUCUAUUAUAAUUUUGAUGCUAUCAAGGGUAGCUAUGCCGAGCUGCAGCGGGUGGAGCGCAUUGAGGAUGCCUCGCUCUUCCAGUUUGUCGGGUUUCUAUCUUAA